CUCCAACUUCCGUUGAUGGUGUAAAUAUGGCGGCAAAUGAAACUGAAGUCAACAACAUUGCUGCAGUGGAAGCUACUGUUAACCGCUGGAUAGUGGACUACUAUUCACAUCUAGCGUUAGAUUUUUUUAAAAACAAGAAGUACGCAGAGUUCUGUGGUAUUCGAGAUGUACUUCAGAGUGUCCUGGUCCGUCCUCUGGAAUCCUCUGACGGAACUCAAAUUAAAAUUAGGAUUUUGCAGUUCCUUUCCCGGAUAAGUGAUGGGGAACAUCUUGACCUAACAUUUGAGUCCGAUGAGUCACUUACUCCUCUGGAAUCCGCCUUAAUGGUCCUGGAAACUAUAAUGCAGGAAUGCAUAACGUCAUUGCUAGAGCAAGAUUUCGAGAGAGUAUGCACUUCGUUAAAAGAGAUGAUUGUGGGGCUGUUUAUUAAGAACAAAGAGUUUGACCAAGCAAACAAAGUUCUGAAAAAACACUUCCCCAAAUCAAUGGUUGGCAAGAAAGCUAUAUUCAUGGGUCUCAUCAACAAGAAAAGCAACGUGCACGAAGUCAUCGAGCAAAUCGACUUUCAGCAGUUCAUGGAUGAAAUGUUUGCCUUCUGCCAGAAGCUCUGCCCACUCAAUCUUCCGUUUCUCAACAAGGCUGCAACACAGCUUCUGGAUAAAAGACUCUCGGAGCAAGUCGUUGAUGCCGCUGGGUCCGAUGAGCGAGACGAGGCCCUUCCUUCCUCCAGUCAACAAACAAACCCCGCCCAGUUUGUGUCACGUAAACCUGCGAUAAUCCAGAGGUCCAGGCUGGAGAUGGCCUACAAGGCUUUGGCUGCAGGUUCUGGUGAGAGGACAUUUGCUCAGCUGGAGGAAGAAGUGGCGGAGGAACAGCAGGCGAGAAUCAACGAUCUUUCACAGUGCCUCUCGCCUGCCCCCAAGAAGGCCGCUGUUUUGGACUCUGAGUCGGACGCGCUGUUUCAGAGAGACUCAGGAAGCCCCAUGGAGGCUUCCCCAGCCGACCAACCCCAACAAACGGAUGCCGUUCCUCAAACGGAGUCUGGUUGUCUCUCAAAAGGCCCACCGGUGCUGCGAAAGAGGCCCAUCCACAGCGUGGCGCGCCUGGUGGUCGAGCCGGACAGCCAGGCGAGCUCGCAGUGCACGGCGGCCUCUUCGGGACCAGAGCCUGACGCCAGGCGAGAAGGGCCGCCGCAGUCCCCGGCUACUCAAAGGGAAAACGACUCGCUGAGCCUGGAAGCGGGUAGCGAUGUUUCUGUACCCGUGCGGAAGCUCCGUCGACGAGCCAACAAAUUUUGCAACAGCGCCUCGAUUAUUUUGUCCCAGUCGUCUGAAGACGAUGACCCACCUGGCUCUGCGGCCAAGCGGGACAAUCCUGUGGGAAAACCAUACAACCAGUCCAACAGUUUACUCUGCAAUAAUUCCACUGAGUCCGAGCAGCCAGCGUCGGACAGUGGGGACGACCCACAGCAGGCCCCGGCUCCCAAGAACCCCCCGGUGCAGAAACGUCGCAGGCAACUUCUCAGCAAGGUUCCAGACGAGGUCUGUAUCGUGGACUCUAUGGACAGCUCACCCGAACCGUUGGGUGUUCAGACCGUGCCUCAAAGGAGCUCUACUCCUACCAAGGACUUUGCUCCAGACAAACAGCCGUGCCAAUCAAAAUGGAAAGUGCUGUACAACAACGCAAAGGAGAGCAAGGAAACAUGGAGUGACGAAGAAUCCUGUUCAAGCUCCAAAAAGACUAGCACCAAAAGAACACACAACGAUAGCACCAUUUCAACCUCAGGACACAAAAAGAGGAAGUGGAGCGAGGAUGAGACGAAUAAUUUGAAGGCGGGGGUCAAACGGUUUGGCGAGGGCAGCUGGAGUCAGAUCAAGGCAUAUUACUCCUUCGAAGACCGAACAAAUGUCAACCUGAAGGACCGUUGGAGAACGCUGAAGAAAUCAAACUUGAUUUAGUUCAGGGAAGAAAGCCAGUUUGGUUCAAGUAGUUUGGGUAAAGUUUAAGGCACCUGAUGGACAAUAUCUUAACCGGAAUGUUAAUCUCACAAGUAUAUCUCGUUUCCAUUUCUCUCCUAAUUUCCAUCAUGUGUCAAUUUUAGUUCACAAUGACUUCUAAUUCAAUAAAUUUUUAUAGUUUAUUUUAUAACUUUAGCUGCUCUUUUGUUUAAAAAAAAAAAAUACAACAGUGGUGUCUUGUAUGCAUUUUCCAAUCAGAUUCUCAGUAGCCAUAUUUAGCAGACAAAUACCAAGAUGGAUUUAUUGACAUUUACAAAAGAAAAUCACAAAAGCCCCCCUUCAUUUGGAGGAUCUGAAUAGACAUCUUGUAGAUGGGCAGUUUAGUGGUAUCCCAAGUCAAGGCAAUAGUUUUUUUGCAUUGGAUUUAUGGAAAAGUCUGGUAUAAAGACAUUUCCGAUAAAACAAACCACGGUUCUGGGUGUGAGUUAAAGUUGUUGAGUGUGAAACGGGUUGAAGAAAGGAUCAUUUGAAAGUCCAGCUAUCGAUGCAUCUUUAUGUUAACGUGUCUUCAUUCCUAAUGAACUCUCCUACGUCGGCCUGGUGGAACACUACGAUGGACAUUGGGUCCACUUGCCGACACUCCGCGGUACACUUGGCUGCAACUCCAAAACCCUGCAAAAUGGGACACAUGACACAUGUUAAGGGACCCCCUCUGAGCAGAGGUAAAAAUCAUAUGUGCAGGAUCUGUUAUGUGAGCAAUAGACCCAUGUGCAUUUUCAGCAUGAUAGAAGUUUAACCAUAUUGGACAUUUCCCCAAGCCCC